AUGCUUCACCACCGCAAGAAGUCGGGCAACACGUCCAUGACGGAUGUCCGCAAAUCCGUCACCGCCACCGACUCUUCGGCCAAGCAUCGGAGGCCUGCCAUGACUCGCCGCCACACCCCCGCCAGCGCCCAGCUCCUCGGCCGCCGUCACCGCGACCGGGAGCGAGACUGCUGGCAAGACGGCUGGGACGAUGAGCGAGAGAGCUUCCCUCAGUUCUGCAUGACUUGUGAAAAACAGUUUGUGCCGCACGACGAGAAAUUCCUCUACUGCUCCGACACGUGCCGCCGUAUCGACCAGAGCUCGACAUCAGCGACUGGUCAUCAGGCCGCUUCGUUGUCGUCUCGCUUUGGAACGUACACGGGCGGCGAGCUCGGCUUCGCGGCUGCCGGGAACCCGGAACCCAGGGACAUUAUUCCUCGAGCCACGCCGUCGCGGCCCACGUCGAUACACCUGAGCAACUCGCCGCCGGGCUCGCCGGGAACCAAGGCGCACCACUCGUCGGCCAUUUCGGCGCUCCGGUCUCUCAACAUCGGCCCGUCGAGCCCGCCAUCGCCGACGGGAAGCAACGGCAGCAGCAUCUGGCCGUUUGGUCGCAGCGUCGCGACGAGCCCCGGCACUUCGUACACACGACCGUCGGCUCCCUACCUGUCGUCGACGCUCGACGGCGGCCACUACUACGGCGGCGGUGGCUACACACACACGUACGAGGACCGGCCACUGCCGUCACGCCACCCGGGCGCAUACUCGCGGCCCAAGAGCAUCGAGCUGGUGACGCCCGUGGUUGGUCGAUGA